AUGCCUCGAAAGAAAAAGAGACAAGUUGUGAUCAAUCCGAACAGGCCCGAGAGGGAAGUCCGGAAACUGCCACCCGGCUACAUGAAGGAGUACUAUGAGCAAUAUCGUUUGGUGACCAGUUCUGAUGAAUGUGCAAGCUUUCCGAGCUUCUGGAGAGUUUGGCUCAGUGAGUUUCCGGAGCUGCAGUUUCGAGAGCGCUCGAAUCAUGCUCAAUGCAUGACGUGCAUUAGACAUCGGUCCAUGAUCAAGAGCUUGAGUUCUCAUAUGCGGGCGCGGCGAGAGCAAAUCAGACUCUUCACAGAACAUUUGGCCGCGCAGUAUGCUGACAGAGCUUUGUAUUGGCAGAUGCGCGGAUUGAGCCGUCACAAAGGAGCGGUUGUAACGCUCAUUUGCGAUGGAAUGGACCAAGCGAAAUGGGAGGUGCCAAGAAGUCCCAUUUUGGUUGGCAAGGACUUUGGCAAUAUGCAAAAGCCUCGCCUUCACGUAAGUCUGUGCAUCGCUCAUGGAUGGUUCUAUCUUUUUCUGGUCUCUUCACCAGACAUUCGCAAGGAUGGAAAUGCGUCGGUAGAACUUUUGGCUUGCGCGUUUACGAUCUUACAGAAGAAAGGGCUGAACCUGGCUAUGACGGACGUUUAUCUACAGCAUGAUAACACCUGCCGAGAGUUCAAGAACAACAAUGGUUUGCGCUUUGUAUGCAGCCAGGUUUCCUGCAAGAACAUUCGGAGUGUGACCUGUUCGUAUUUACGGACAGGGCACACUCACGAAGACAUUGACCAGACUUUCGGGAACCUCUCCCGCUAUCUCAAUCGUGUUCGCUGCCUCCAAACGCCUGACGACGCAGUCCAGACCAUCAAAGCCUUUUGUGCCAAGACCAAGUUUCCCUUCGAAUCCGAGCAAUACGUGUUUGCUAUGGAGGCUACCAGGGAUUGGACCCUCAGCUUCUAA